UGAAGGUGGAGCCGCUGUUUUCCGGAAGAGCCGUGCCUGGGAUUGUACCGAGCGGCUGGCACCGGUCUCCCUUCGUGUUUAUCCGGUGCUCUGUGGAGGACUGCAAAGGAAACUUUCAUUGACCACCAGUCCAGCGGGCGUUGCUGAUCAGCAGCAUGGGUAACAGUGCAUUGAAAGCCCACCUAGAAACGGCCCAGAAGACCGGCGUGUUCCAGCUGACUGACAAGGGAUUGGUGGAGUUCCCGGAGGAGCUGCAAAGAUUUUCGGCCAACCUGCGAACAAUCAACCUGUCCAGCAACAAGAUAGAAGUUCUGCCCCCGUCUGUAGGGAAGUUCGGAGUGUUGAAGAGUUUGUCGCUGAACCACAACAGACUAAGCAGACUUCCCGAUGAUCUGUGCAAAUUAAAAAAACUAGAGACCCUGCACCUGGCCGCCAACCAGAUUACCCGUCUUCCCGCUGACUUUGGUCAGCUCUCUACGUUGAAGACUCUAAACCUUUCUGGUAACCAGCUGCGUGCAAUGCCCACCGAGCUCUGCAGCUUACGGCACCUGGAUGUGGUGGACCUGUCAAAAAAUAGAAUCCAGGCUAUUCCAGAUGAGGUUUCCGGGGUGCAGGCCAUAGAGAUAAACUUUAACCAGAACCAGAUAUCCCAGAUAUCAGUGCAGGUCUCACAAUGUCCUCGUCUCAAGGUCCUUCGACUUGAAGAGAACUGCCUGGAGCUCAAUAUGUUGCCUCAGAGCAUUCUGAGUGACUCGCAGAUCUCCUUGUUGGCUGUAGAAGGGAAUCUCUUUGAAAUAAAGAAGCUCCGGGACUUGGAUGGGUAUGACAAGUACAUGGAGCGGUUCACGGCCACACGGAAGAAGUUUGUGUGAUGAGCAGCACUUAUUGAAGCAUUAGUUGCGGCAACUUCCUCGCCCGUUUGUCGGGUUGAGCACUGAAUAUAGGGCCUGUGUCCGGGCCUCACAGCUUCUUACAUCAGCUAUAGAGAACUCCGACCCAGUAACAGCAUGGGCAGGUGGGAGCCAUUGAUGACUACGUGCGGACUGGAACCACAGGCAGGGACACUGAUUGCGGUACAGCCGGGAUGCAGAAUUGUUGAGUUUAUAAUGUUACUGCAUUGGGCGGGCGUCACCCUCCCCCAAGUGACUUAAAGUGGAAGCAGGCCCACCCUAUGGAUAGAAAUGCUAUUAGCUACAGCUGACUCAACUUACUACACGCGAUUUUUAUUUCAGGGAUUUAAUUUAGCAUUUUAUCAGAUUGUAAUCUAAUAAUCAUCUAC